UUCAGUCUGGGAUGGUCAGUUGCGAAGUAAACACAGCUCUGCUGCUUUUCAUUUAGCAAGUAAGACAUCGUCGCACUCCUCAAACAACGCAACGGGUUCGUCUCUCCCCAAACAUCGAGUAGGCGAAGGCACCGUCGAUGAAGAUGCUCUGAACGCCCCCUCCAUCUUAUCAGUUGUCCCUCGUGUUGACAAUCAUCUGUAGUCAGGGUAGAGAGAAUAGAGUGUAUUCGAAACAACAGGGCGGAUCCAACGUUUCAGAAAGAGAAACCAUCAUGCGCGAAACCGUUUUGCCGAGGCCCCCACUGGCUGCUCUGAAGCAGCCGAAGCUAAAGCUGCCACAAAAUCUCGACUCGUCGAACGUUGUGAAGCAUACGAUGGCUCAAAUCAUUCAACACAACGAUGACAUGACAAAUUCGGCGUCCUCGUCGUCAUCUCUGUCAAUGAUGCCAGAACUGCUUCUUCCCACGGUGACGAGUUCCUUCGACUGUCACUCACAGAGCUCUCAAGAUCAACAUGGAAAGCACGCUUCUUCUGGGUCUCGUUUGGAAUGGAACGGAUCCAAUCCUCUGGAGUGGAUCGAAUCGAUUGCUGCAGCUGCCGAGACGAGAGCUUCGAUCGCCAACGGUGGAAAAGUGGCGGCCCCGAUUCGUGUCAACGGAGUCAACUUGAGCUUGAAGCGACCCAUGCAUUACAAACUCACCCGCAAGGUCGCAGGCGUAGAGGAUGAAGAAGAGCCGUACAAUCUCAAGGACGAUAGUGACCAACGAAAGCGUUCUCGAGUGCCUGCUGGCCACGCGACAGCUGCUGCAAAUCAGCAAGACGCCCUAAAGCAAGGCCCAUGGGAUUUGACGGAGCUACUGAACGACGAAAUGCAGCCAAAGUCGCUCGUUCAUAGCCUUCAUUAUGUUGUUUUGACGUUCGAAUCCAAGGACAAGGCUUCUCGAUUCGUCCAGAGUAGCUACCAGCGAAUUCGGAGCCACUUUGAAGCAGAGCUGCACCGUAUCAAGGGAAUGCAUGUCGCAAGGGGUCCUUGCAAAGCGAACAUUGCCAGUCAGAUGGCAAUGCUAGGAGUACUGUACAAUGAGACACAGGUCAAAAUGGAGGCGUUGAUCCGAAUGGAAGAAGCGGAAACUCAAAAACGUCCCGAUGCUGCCACAACGGCUCACACAGUGGCCAAGAAGGACUUCACCAAUUUCAUGUCAGCCUGGCUUCGUGAUAAUUGGACCAACCCGUAUCCUGACGAUGAUGGCCUCAUAGAACUUGCGGAUGCUUGUAGCAGUACUCCAACAGUUAUCAGCAACUGGCUCAUCAAUGCCCGUACUCGUAAGUGGCGCCCUGCGAUUGUAAAGGCUUUCGAUAUGAAGCGACCUUCGGAGCUGUUGCUAGAGGACUCGCUCAAUAUCUUCGAUGGCAACCCUGUGCGUGAAAUCCCGCAGGAACUGGAGCAGCACCACAGUGCUGGUGCUGGUUGCGAAGACGAUCACUGUCAGCAGGUCAACAAACGCGCCAAGACAAGCUAUUAGGGGUUUAAACAAGCCACAGCGAAUCGAUCUUUCAAUCAUGGAAUACCGGUACUGCCACAGCAGGAACCAACUGUGCACAACAAGAAACUAACUAUACGUAGAAAUCUGAUAAUCUAACUCAAAUCAAUCAAGUAUCCACCUGGUGCUUUUCCCCGUGCACCCCUUUACGGCACAGAACGAAACCAACCGUGCACAACACGAAAACUAUACGUAGCAAUCUGAUAAUCUAACUCAAAUCAGUCAUAUAUUCAAUGCUGCACCUGGUGCUUUUAUGCAUUCGUCGCCACGGGAGAAAGAAACCUAUACGUAUACAUGAAACUAG